AUGGAGGAGAAAGCACGCAUUGAGGCAACACUAAAUGCUCUAAAGAUAGAGGGCGAGGCUGAAGCAGCGCUCGCCGCAGCUCAUGUCCUGGAAGUGGCGGCUGAUGAGGAGCACAACGCCGUUGACGUCACAGAACAAGGAAUUUCUAAAACACCUCCCAUCAGACGCACUCAAGAUUAUGUGAAUGCUCACUUUGCCAACAUUGGCUUGGAAGUUAAUGAAGACAGAAAGCCCAACACAGGACAGCUGGUCAUUGGCUCCCCUCCAGGUGAUCAUCUCAUUGAUUUUGUAGAUCAGAAGCAAUCAAAGACACCUCCUACACACAGAAAAAAUGAUAUUUCAACCCAACCUAAACCUUCAGUGGCUCCACAGACUGAACUGUCAGAUUUUACAGCCUAUAUAGCACGUCAUGACCUGCUAACAGCAGGAUUCAAGGUUUUCGACAACUGUCCUGAGUCUUACCUGCCCUGGAAGUCUAUCUUCUGCAACGCCACAGAAGGCCUCAACCUCAAGUCCAGCGAAGAGCUCGAUCCCCUCACCAAUUGGCUCAGCGGUGAAUCGCUCCAACACGCUCUGAGGAUCAGGACGGUCCAUGUGAACAACCCACAAGCAGGUCUCAAACGUUUGUGGCAACGUCUAGACUCCAGAGGUCACAGAGCUAAGGACUGCAAAGCCAUCAUACAAUGCUCAGAAUGUAAUCGUGAUGCUCACGUGUCUGCAAUGCAUGCUGGUCCACCUCCGUGGACAACCAACGACUCUAACCUCCUGCCUCAAAGCCACGGUGGGGAGCCUGAUUGUUCAAGCCCUGUAACCACAACCAGUUGCACAGAGAUGUUUGGCUCAGGCCUCAAAGAUAAUAGAGGCGAGAUACCAACCCUGAGGCUGUGUCGGCUCACCCUCAUCUACAGGCACUCACUUCGCAGAUCCCUCCUCUGGACCCAGCUGCAGGCAUUCUCCUUCUUUUGGGGCGGGGCGUCAUUCAAGCUCACAAGGUCCGCUGUCAGGUGCCCACAAACCCACAGUGAACUCAUUGGACAGAGAUUCUUGAUAAUGGCGUCCUACCUUACUAAGCCCCUAUGAAAACAACAUCUAUAUCAAAGAAAUACGUAGAAAGAUGUCCAAUAUGUGAAAAGACUCAAGAGGAAUUAGGAAGACACAUUUUCCAGCAAACAGUAGAUGACGACAAAGCGGCUCUUUCAGUAGAAGAUGUUUUGUUCUUGGAUAUCAUGCACAGAAACUUGGCCAAAGAUGAGGAGAAAGCUGGGUGGCUCCGCUCCCAUUCCGCCCCCCCCAGACAGCGUUUACCCAACAAUAGGGACCAAGCCCUCAGUCACUUAAUGUCGCUCCGCAAAGCGCUGAAAAAGAAACCAGAAAUGAAGGAGCAUUACAUUGACUUUUUGAACAAAACUUUCAGUAAAGGCCACGCUGAACCAGCUCCUGCUCUCACUCUAGAACAAGAAUGUUGGUAUCUCCCUAGUUCUGGCAUUUACCAUCCUCAAAAGCCAGGGAAAAUUAGGGUGGUUUUUCAUUCAAGUGCGCAACACAAUAAUGUUUCUCUCAAUGACCUACUACUGAAAGGGCCAGAUCUCAAUAACACUCUUGUAGGAGUUCUGAUGCAUUUCAGGUCUGACCCAUACGCAGUCAUGGCUGAUGUGGAGCAAAUGUUUGACAACUUUGUUGUCAGAGAGGACCAACGCAACUACCUUCGUUUCUUGUGGUUUAAGAACCAUGAUCUGGAUGGAGAAGUGCAAGAAUUCAGGAUGAGAGUCCAUGUUUUUGGGAACUGCCCAUCCCCAUCCGUGGCUAUUUAUGGGCUGAAACAGACAGCGAUGGAGGGAGAAAAAGAACACGGCAGCGGUGCAAGAGAGUUCAUUGAACGCCACUUUUAUGUGGACGAUGGACUAAAAUCAUUUCCUUCCACAGAUGAAGCCAUCGACAUUCUUUGUAGGGCUCAGAAAAUGCUGGCCCAGUGUAACAUAUGCCUGCAUAAAAUCUCAUCCAACUGUCCUACCAUCACGAAUGCGUUUCCAAGUGAAGCACCUCGCCUCUGGCGUGCAGGGCCUUGACCUUGGGCAGACUACCCCACCCAUGCAGCGAAGCUUGGGCUUGGGCUGGGACCUGUCCACAGACCUGUUCAAGUUUCAGAUAACAGUCAGUGAGAAGCCUUUCACCAAACGUGGAGUACUAUCAGUCGUUAAUAGUGUGUACGACCCGCUUGGCUUUGCUAUCCAUGUCAUUGUAGAGGGCAGGGUCAUACUCAGGGAAAUUUCCACUGACAUUGGUGAAUGGGACACCGAACUCCCUAAAGAAAAACUACAAUGGUGGCAGCAGUAGAAAGAUUCCCUCAAACAUCUACAACAACUGGAAAUCCCCAGAAUGUUCACCGCAAUACCCUUGUCUGCAGCAGCAACUAAGGAGAUUCAUAUUUUCAGUGAUGCUUCCACUAAGGCAGUUGGCGCCAUCGCCUACAUUAAACUCACGGACAGAUAUGGACACGGUGAUGUGGGCUUCCUUCUCGGCAAGGUGCGGCUUGCCCCAAGACCAGACAUCACUAUACCCAGACUGGAGCUCUGCGCGGCGGUCCUGGCUGUUGAAGUAGCUGAGUUAGUCAUGGAGGAGCUGGACAUCACAGUUGACCAGGUCCACUGAGAGGGAGUCAUGCUGCUGCUGGUAACAAUGCUGCAAGGAUUCUUGGUGCUAAAACAGAGGCAUUACCGAGCACUGUGAAGCAUGAUCAGAGUUGUUAACGUGGGACUGUUUGAGGUAUGUUGAAGCUCAACAAAUGAGACGCACACACUGUCAGGAAACUUGAAGACUGAAUUUCAUGUUGGACUGUUCCAACAGAUAAACAAAUAAUAGUUUAAGGCACCAGAAUGGUUUGGUCCCCAGUAGGGGCAGACUGUGACACCAGACAUAUAUUCUUUUACAUCUUCUAGAUGUCCUGUAUUGCUGUCCCCAGGUCCUCUAGGUAUGGGCUAAUUCUGGUCUAAAUAAGGUCACUGUAGACGUCUUUACUGGAGUAUCGACAUGUAGAAGUUUCCUGUUGAGGCCUUGAAAGCACUGCGAUGAACUGGAUGAUAAGAUGCUGGUAAGUUAUAACUGGCAACUUUAUACAGCAGCCAUAAGGCGACAGCAAGACAGUACUCUGGACAGGUCGCUAGUCCAUCACUGGGCAAUUCAGUCUCCAAUCAACAUUAAAUGCAUGUUUUUGGUCUGUGGGAGGAAGUCAGAAUACCUGGAGUAAACCAAUACAUGCAUGGAGAGUAUGGAGCUAGGAUUGGGACAAUAUUCAAUGUAACUUGUACCAAGUUUUGUAACUUGGAACGUGUUUCAUGACAUGUAACUUUGGAUUUGUAACUUGUAACUUUAGUUUUCUAACUUGUAAUUCUCAAUUUGUACUUGUAUUUCUUGUUUUGUAACAGGAAAUUUUCAUUUUGUACAUGUAUUUUUUAUUUUGUUAAAUCAAACUUUUAUUUUGUACAUUUACUACUCAUUUUGUAACAUCAAACAUUCAUUCAGAAACAUGAAACUUCCGGUUUUUACCAAGCCCCCACAAUGCGGCUCAAAAAUGGACUCCGACCCGGAAAUAACAAAAAUUGCAGUUCCACCCUCCACUGGGGGCUGGUGUCAGAAGUGAGCAAAUCCUCAUUGACUCCCAUGUUAAAAAUACCAAUUUCACAGCAGAAAUAAUCAUGUUGACAGCCUGGUACCAAAACAUGUUUUUGGUUUAAAUUAUCUAGUUUACAUUCAUGACAACUCUGAGGGGGGUGAAUUUUUUUCUCACUCUUCUGUUUAAGUGUAUUAAAAGCCUAAAAUUCUGUAUAAUUAAUGAGCAUCCGACCCACGUGACCACAGAGCUAGCUCCGUGGAAAGGCCUCAGUAGAGCCUCGGUCUGGCUUGGAAACUGCUCCGGGAUUUUGAGUCUCUGUGUUUGUUUAUUCUUGUUUGGAUAUUUUUUGUGCAAUUGUUGGACAAAAUGACUUGCUGUGGCAUUAAUUGCACUAAUAGAGCGUCCAAGGGUCUCCACUUCAUUUUUUUUCAGUAAGUAAAAUUAUAUUUAUGUAUUUUAGGUCACUGCCGAGCUGAGCUUAGAUUUUAACAUGUACUGUUUAACCAUGAAAUUUAAAUGUAAUAGGGUAAAACCCAGUGCAUUUAACAUAAUGCUGCACUUUAGAAAAUGGGUUGAAAUAUAACAUGUUGGUGGAGCUGGGUUCCAACUAUCGGCUUUUGGAGCUCUCGGGAGACCGAUGUUUUCCACCCGUUUCUCUGUCUGAUCGCGGCUUCUGUGUGCUGCGCCGGUUGAUGGCUGGUUCUCCCUGCAGCUCGGCGCAUCUCUGUCUGAUCGCGGCUUCUGUUUGCUGCGCGGGCUGACGGCUUGUGGAGCUCUGGGAUGGAAAUCUUUCCACCCGGUUCUCCCCAGCGGCAGCUCUGCGCAUCUCAGAUCGCAGCGGCGCUUGUCUGCUGUGCGGCUGCCAGCUUGUGGAGGUCUCUGAGACCUCUGUGGAGGUCUCGGAGACCUCUGUGGAGGUCUCGGAGACCUCUGUGUUCCACCCGGUUUUACCCGGCGGUCAGCCCGGCGUAUCUCUGACUCAGAAGCUCUGGUGUUGUGCACAGUUAACUCCAGUUGUAGCUAGGUUGGUCGGUGGGAGGAACUUGGGUGGAACCAAUGAGAGCACGAGUCUUAGCUACCAAUCACGUUUCUCGAAUUCCUGUCCAAUCAUUGGGAGAGGAGGGCAGUUUGAUUUUACAAAAUAAAAAAUACAUGUACAAAAUGAAAAUUUCCUGUUACAAAACAAGAAACACAAGUACAAAUUGAGAAUUACAAGUUAGAAAACUAGUUACAAGUUACGAAUCCAAAGUUACAUGUCAUGAAACAUGUUCCAAGUUACAAAACUUGGUACAAGUUACAUUGAAUAUUGUCCCAAUCCUAGCUCCAUAUAAGAGAAUAUACCAAAUCCACACUGAAAAGCCACAUCCAGGACACAAACCUUUUUAACUGCAAGGCAACAGCCCUCAAUUAAAUAUUUUUUGAACAAUUUGUUAAACCAAAAGUCAUUGGAAACGUCUGAUUUUCAUCUGUUGAUUUAGCCAGUUUCAAGUUUUGUUCAGUAACCAUUGUGGGGUUUUAUUUACCUAAAGAUGUCUGUAAAUUACUAAUUUCUUCUUGUCAAUUUUAUUAGAUUAAAGUCAGGCAAAGGUCUUAGUUUUUGUUUGAUAUUUUCCAAGUUUUUGCUAUCAAAGGCUCAAAUCAACUUGUUCUUAGAUAGAUAUCAAGGUCUUCUGAUGCUUUAUAUCUUAUGCAAUCACAUUUAUUACCAAGAAACCAUUUAAUUCUGAGAAGUAUUCAUACACCUUUCGGAGAAAAACUCAAAGCUGAUUUCUCUUUCAAGUUGUGUCAUAUGGCCUGUUAGCUGAGAAGAGAACAAGAGAACUUUUAAUAAUAGAGCCCAACGGCAAAAGAUUCAUCUCAAUUUUCUUUUGUCACUUAUCUUCAAAUAGAGAUCACCAGAAUAGUAAAUUAUCAACAAAAAUAAUUCUAAUGGAAAAAAGAUUUAUGUAGCGUCAUUUAAUAUAAUUUAGAUUUUUUAACUGCAGCACUUAAACAUCAUACUCUGCAACCCAGCCAAGUGCAGCAGGACGGCUUUACCUAGAUCACCAAAAAACACAGGCAGACUCAUGGUGUCCCCUUGCACAAAUCAUCUGUGCCUCCAGUAAUGGCUGUAAUGAAUGCAGUGUGACAGCCUCAAAGCACGGUGUACUUGACUGCACACCUUGUCACCUGCACCGGCUAAUGAAAUUACUGCCUAUAGUGUCGCCCACAAAAAUCCAGCCAGCCUUUUACUUCAUGUCAUCGUCAAUUUUUAGACCAAAACCCCUUUAAGGAUAACGGGACCUAAAUGUCAGAAGUAAAACUGAACUCAUACUGUGACAAAUUCUGACCACAGGAGAAUACGCAAUACUAUUAAAAGUUAUUUUAUAUGUGAAUUUCUUAUUUCCAUGGAUUCCUAAUUUCCUCAUUUUUAAAUAUCUGAAAUAAAUUGGAGUGCAAAAGCUGAUAAGCAUGGGGAGUUUGGUGGCAGGAGAAUCUCAUCUCUGCUUUAUGCGGAUGAUGUGGUCGUCCUAGUUUCAUCAGGCUCCGACCUACAGCUCUUGCUGGGGAGGUUCGCAGCCGAGUAAGAAGAGGCUGGGAUUUGGAUCAGCACCUCCAAGUCUGAGACCAUACUUCUCGACCGGAAAAGGGCAGCUUGCCAAUUCCGGUUGGGGAGAGAGGUCCUGCCUCAAGUGGAGGAGUUCAAGUAUCUUGGGUUUUUGUUCAUGAGUGAGGGAAGGAGGGAGCAGGAGAUUGACAGGCGCAGUGAUGUGGACGCUAAACCUGUCUGUUGUGGGAAAGAAGGAGCUGAGCUGGAAAGGAAGGCUCUCGAUUUACCAGUCAAUCCACCACCCAGUCCUCACCUAUGGUCAUGAGCUUUGUGUAAGGACCAAAAGGACACGAUCGCGGAUACAAGCAACCGAAGUGAGUUUUCUCUGCGGGGUGGCUGGGUCAGCCUUAGGGAGAGGGUGAGGAGCUUGGACAUUCGGGAGGGACUCGGAGUAGAGCCGCUGCUCCUCCAUAUCAAGAGGAGUCAGUUGAGGUGGUUUGGGCAUCUUGUUAGGAUACCUCCUGCACGCCUCCCCAGAGAGGUGUUUCAGGCAUGUCCUGCGUACAGGAGGCCCUGUUUGACCCAGGACACGUUGGAGUAAGUGCAUCUCCUAUUUAGGAUGCUGCCCCCUCGACCUGGACCUGGAUAGGCGGAAGAAGACGGGACGGUCGAGUCGCAACCAAGUCUCUUUGUAAUGAGAUAUUAAUUGUUUAUGCUUCCAUUAAAAAUCAUUUAGUAUUAUCCUUUACUACUACAGGUAAACAAAAGCAGACGCCACUGGUUGCAAAGAAAAUGCUGUCACAUCAAGACUGAGUUUAGUUUAGAGUAUCACUCCUUGGUUUCUAUAAAUGGUGGCAAACAUCAGCACUAAUGUGAGCACACAAGACAUUUUACACAUAAAAUGUUACAGCUGUCAUCUGUUGGUGUUAAGUGGGGGCACUAAUGCAACAAUGCUGUGAGUAAUACUCCUGUCUGUGAAGCCUGAGAAACCUGAUAAAUCCUGUCUGGCAUUCCGGUGUUAACUCAUUGUACCUUCCCACAGAUUUGAUAAGAUUUUUCAGAUGAGCAGAUUAGAUUAUCAUUGAAAUUCAUAGAUUAUCAUUGAAAUUCAUAACCAGAGAUAACUAGAAAUGUGUAUAUCUAUAUGAAACUGGUGGAUCCAGCAGUUUGGGCACGUAAGUUUUAUCUAAGCGUAUACUUCCACUUCUCAACAUCACAUAAAGGUUGAGGGUGAUUAUUUUAGCUUUCCAUGUCAAACCUUAGCUGUGACUGUACUGUAUUUAAAGUAUACACUAUACUAUACUGUAUGUAAAGUAUUUUUGUUACUCAUAUUACAUACACAAAGAUAAGUAGAGCUUCAGAGCCAAAUACCGUAAAUCCUCCAAUAUUGGCCUAUAUUCCGUUACUGACCGGGCCUCCUACAUUAGCCAGUCUCGCUGUCAGCGGGGGGUAAAUAAAGACCGGUCUCUAAUAGUGACCGGCUUUACAGCACAAACCCAGCCACAGUUUUGAUGACUUUAAAGUACUAUUGAUCAAAAAAUAUUUUAAUAAAUAGCAUACUUACCCAUUGUUAAUGAAAUAUAGCCUCACAAAACAGGACGCCAAGUCUGAUCAUGUAUAAAUGCAUUUUUUUAAACUUCAAACCAAUGGAGACACUAACAGAUAAACUUUGGAGCGGUAAGGUGUCUGUUGCCUUUUGUUGUAAAUCAAUAGCUUAAUUAUCACCAAGUGUUUACAGUGCACUACUGGUAUGUUUGCUACAUUUGUUACCAUACUGGGAUUUAGCCUGAAACAACGGCGUUUGUUGUAAAUGUUCUAUAUGCAUACAUACGUACAAUGUUAACUACAUUUUCAAUAAAUGUACCUAGUGUUUUAUAGGUUCAAAUAGACAUAAAAUCUUGUUUUUAUUCAUUUUUGCUCAGCUUGAACUUGAUGCCUGCUUCUUAUUCUGGCCUCCUUCCAUUAAACACGGAGCCAGGAUGCGCUUGUGUAAAUAAAGGCGCAGGCCUUUAUUAGAGGAUUUACUGUACAUUAAAACUGCUCAGUGCCUUGGUUUUGCUUCAUUUUUUUGUGUAUCGUUUGCACCCGCCAUCAUCUCCUUAUCAGUGUCACACAGUGUAUGUGCUGCCUUAAUGGGUGAAUUUCCUCUCUACAAGGACUCGGCUCUCAUUGUUUGCUUUGAAAACCCGUUCAAAAGAUUCGGUCUAUUACUCUAACCCUAACUUGUUUUUAGGUGUUUUUAGCUGUAUGUUUUGGGUCAUUGUCCUGUUGCAAGACCCAUGACCUGCGACUAAGACCACGCCUUAUGACUGAAGGAUACCAACAAUUUUGUCCACCUCUGUAAAACCCUAAUUUGUGCUCACAAUAGAUGUGAAAUCAUUUAGAUGAAUCUGGGCCUCAGUGUGAAAAUUGACAAAAUAUACAGAUCACUAAAACCAAUAACCAUCCAGGACCUGAAAGAUCUUAUUAUUCCGUGGUUUGGUUUCCAGACCAUGACAGGUAAAGUUGUCAUGGUGACAGACUGUUUCUGUUCGCUCAUCAGAGGUUAAUUUAGUGUCCCUACAUUUCAUCCUACUGGUGCACAACACUGGGUACAUACAAGCUUUAAAAAAAGACAACUCCUUAAGAACAUAUUUUCAAUUACAAUGCAAAUGUCUGUUGUUUAUUCAAUCAUUCAAACACUAAAAAUACAUAAAAGUUGGAUAUCUUUCAUUAUUUUAAUGAAAAAUAAAAUGUGUUUUGUGCCUGUAUGAGCUCAUUUCUCUGCAGCGAGCUUUAGGUUUUUGCCUUUCUUUAUUCUUUUGUCCUCCCCUUCAUGGUUUCAGCUAAAUGACAUUUGAAGGUCGAAAUCUUAAUAGAAUAGAGUCAGUUAACCAGAUUCUGAGCUCUUUUUCGUAGAUUAACCCUCAGAGCAGGUUAAUCCCAUGCUACUGAAAUCUUCUGAACAGCCUUACUUUUGUUCAUGGACCUUAUCAAGUCAUUUUAAUUCACGGCAAUCCCUCCUCAAAAACAGACCGGUAUCUCUGCAACUUUCUGACCAACCAAAUUUCCAGCAACAGAAAAAUUAUAUUCAAGGCUUUUUUUAAAUGUAGACUAUAGUCUGGUGUCUCCUCGUUCUUUAAAGGUAGCUGAAUAUUCAAAAGAAAAAAGUAGUUAUUCUUCUGAUCUCACCAGAUGUAUUCGAUCCUGAGCUGGCUAUUUUAUUGUCAAAGCUUUGGGGAUUGCUUUUAGUGAAACUCCUGAAGGUCCAGGAUUUUCUCAGAUUUCAACUCAAUCCGUUUUUUUACGACUUAGUGGAUGUUCAUUUUGACCGUGUGGGUCUUCUAGAUGAAGCCUUGAAAGCUGCUGCACACAUAAUCACAUUGAAGAGAAUACAUCAGGGCUUGUGUGUGAAGAAAUGUCUUCCUAUUACAGAUUUUGUUUGUCUUUACUAUUUGAGCAUUUUGUGGAGACCAUCUUUGAUCGAGAACACUGGCAAUCCUAAAAGGCUUUUGAAGUAUGCUGACAACUAUCUUGUCAUAGCCUGCUUUGAAAAACACAUUAUGUUCUGUUUCACUGGAGACACAAAAGAUACAAUUUGUCAUCUGAGAUGGUAGGAAAAGGUCAUAGUUCACAAGCAGAGAAGUAAGCCUAAUUUAUAGAAGCGAGCAUGUUUCCCCAACUGGAACUACAUUUUCAAGGAAUGUUUAACAACACAACAGGGGAUAAAAGGAAAGGUGUCAUAUUGUCAAGCUCAUUAAUGAAAUAAAAGAAAUUGCUGCAUUUCUAUAAAGUUCUACUUAGGACUUUGAUUCUGUAGCUCAAACUGGAUUUUCUGGAAUAGCCUGGCAAGCCAUCUUAUAUAUGUGAAUAUAUAGGAUGACCCAUAAACAGGGCUGAGUCGUGGGGCCAAAUCUGUGGCUGUCUUUAAAACUAUGUGCAGUGCUGUUUCUAUGUGCAGUACUUUUUUUUUUUUAAUUAUCGGGUAUUUUACACUGAAACCGUGUGUGAUUUCCUGUCUAGCCCUAUGUUAACUGCAGAUAUUGCCAUGCCCCAGAAGUUGCGUGCCGCCUUUAGAAUGUGCCUGAAAAUUGGCGUGUUGCAGCUGGUUUGAAACACUCCAUAGACUAUAAUGGAUUCUAUUUGAAGCAGCCACGUUCUGUGGUCUUUUCGCACCACUGAUGCUUUCAUUGUGAAGCAAGGGUUAGUGUAGCAGACUGGACCGGCAACUCUGAAGUUGCCAGUGGAAUAUUCUGACCACGGGGCGAUCGGGGCUGGGUGGCCUUUCAUAAACCCUGUUAAGGGUCAUUUUGGCUCAUUGGCUCAAGAAAAGUAUUUAAAAAUAUGAAAAAGUUGCUGUGUCUUUUUAUUAGAAGUGACAAAUAUUAUUGUUGUUGCUUCUUUUACUUUUCUUAUGUUCAAUUUAUGCAUUUCCCAACUGGGUUAAAAGAUCAAACAGCUCUUUUAUUAAACACCAAAGGCAGGUUUGUCAAGUAUUUGAUUGGCAAGGCGAGCUGACGUUAACACGCCAUUUUGACAGCAAUCGGCUAAGUCAAUCAUAAUUUUUAAAUCUCCCAGUAGGGUAAGGAGCUCAGACAUUCGGGAGAGACUCAGAAUAGAGCUGCUGCUCCUCCAUAUCGAGCAGUCAGUUGAGGUGGUUUGGGCAUCUUGUUAGAAGGCCUCCUGGACGCCUCCCUGGUGAGGUGUUUUGGGCAUGUCCUGCUGGCAGGAGGCCCCCUGGAUGACCCAGGACACGUUGGAGAAAGUACAUAUCCGAACUGGCCCAGAACGCCUUGGGGUCCUGCCGGAGGAGCUGGUGGAGGUGGCCGGAGAGAGGACGGUGUGGAGCUCCCUAGUUGGGAUGCUGCCCUCGCGACCCGGACACGGAUAGGCGGAAGAAGACGAGACGAGAUUUUGUUUAAAAAGUCUUAUGUGCAGGAAGCAGAACAGUUAUCAGUAGAGAGCCGGUACCAUUUAUGUAGCAAUAUUCACGUCCUCUUUUCAAACUACAAUAAACCUGAAUAAUACAACAGCUGUGAUUUAAUUAUUUAGUUUUCUUAGUCUGAGGGUUUCAUCUCUGGACUGAAGCGUCAAUGCCAUGGUAUUCUACAGCCCUUUGGUGCCAGAGGUCAGCCGACCUCUCUGACCUUCGGAUCCACCAAGAGGGUCUCCGAAAACGGGUGAAGAAGACACACAGAUAGCGUCUGAUGUGGUUUUUGAUAAUAGUCAAAUUCAUAGCUUAGCACAACCCAAAUUCUUUUACAUCUAGAACUCAGCUCUCCUAGAUACGGAAGUUCUGACUAACACAGCAUUCACACAUAGGUUCAUACAUCACCUUUAGUUCCAUCCAUCACAGUAAAUGCUUAGUUAACUUGUCAUGUUUUAAUUUUUUGUAAAAUAAAUUCUUACUUUUAUAAACCUGAAUCUUUUCUUAGUCAGAACGUAAUGUUUACAGUUCCUUAAUAAAGAUGGAAUCCUAGAUCUUCUGAUGAACACAGUAAAGACCAAGCAGAGUUGAGAUUCUAUAUUUAGAUAGAGUAUCACAACUUAUUGGUCAUAAGUAGAGGUAAUAUAUUUAUUGAGCUCUUAAAGCACUCAAUUUCCUAAACCCUACAAUGUACAUUUAUUUGUGUAUUUUAAUUAUGCUGUCACACAGAUUUUGUACAAAACCAUAACAAAUAGAGUCAGCCAUGAAGGCAAAACAGUCAUCAGGACUUUUAAGUCCACAAUAUGAGCCAUGUUUGCUACAAGUCAGAGACAACUGAUAUGUUCAGCCUGAAAAAAAUAAUGUGCACUGAAUCUGUCUUUGAAGUAAGAUGUAAAUAACGUAUCAGUGUGUUUGAAAAGACUAAAAAAUAAAUAAUGAAAAUGCCAUCAAGCCCCAAAUGUUUUUUCACCCCAGGAAAUCAUUGAAGAACACAGUUUAGUAAUUUCCUGGCUUUAGUGAAUGCAACACAGGUAUGAUGGUAUAAUCUCUCAGAGAGCAGUUAUACAGAGGCAGGUUCAGCUGGACCCCUUCGUCCUGGAUAACUCCACAUCAUGUCAUGGAACUUAUCCUGCUUUGGAAAAUGGAUUUUAAAAAAGCCUGUUCAACAUCUGAUCAGGGUAUCUAGAGUCUGAUUACCACCUCCCCCAGCAGCGGGGCUUAGUUCCUUCCCAUUUUACCAUAUUUAGGAGACAAAACUACAACUUUGAGAUGACCUGAGCCAUUCAGACCCAUAGGCACCAAUGCAAGAUGCACGCUACCUUGUCUACGACGACAUCCCACAACGCAUUGCAGCUUUACAACACAAUUGAUUUUUAGCUAUAGAAUAUGCUAUUAAUUGUGGCAUUGUGAUUUUGAUUAGCAUAUACUAAAUAUUUCAAUAAAUUUGCUGUGGUUUGUUUGCCAAGAAAUCUGAACUGUCGGUUGCUGACGCAAAAUGAUUUUGCUCUGCACAAAUUGUGGCUAGACCACAAGUGUGGUCUAGCCACACUUCAUUGGAAACUCCACGGCCCCAGCCAGUCUGGUGGCUGGCCAAUCACUGCACUUUAUCGGUUUGGUGGGUGGGAUGUAACUGCGAUGGAGCGAAAAUAAGAUGGCCACGGCUCAUUUGAAAGGGAUUUGGCAUCAACUUUGGACUAUUUAGACAUGGACUUUUCUUUGAGUCAAGAGCAUAUAGAGGUACUUUGGUCCUUUAUUUAGAAAAAAGAUGCAUUUGCGUCUUCUUCAACAAAGUAUGGCGAAAUGCCCCGUUGACUGAUAUCCGUAGCGACACCUCUUCCAAAGUAAAACACCAGUUUCGUACCUUGAAAUUUUUAUGCAAAAGGAAACACGAUGAUGAAGCUCUGCUGUUUCUCUGACUCAUCUUCAGACAUUAUGGUAAGUUGUAAAUUACCUACCUGCAUUUGAUGUAGAGCCUUCAAGAGUCCCCAAGGCACUUUACAAUACAAUCAGUCUUACACCCAUGCACACACACGUUCAGUCCCUGGUAGGGAUGAGCUAGAAUGUAGCCACAGCUGUUCUGGGGUACACUGACAGAGGCCAACAGCAUUAUAAAGUAGAACCGCUCAAUGAGUGAAAAACAAAUUGCAUGCAUUAAUUUAUAGUUGCUGCCAUUUGCACAGGGCAGACUACUAAUAAGACGUUCAAGCAAUUCCCUCUAAUUGAAUCUAUGUAAUCUGUUUACUGGAUAGGUGAACUCCCCUUUCACUUUCAAUGAAAAACUUAUGUUGUUAACAGGAUACUUGUUUUCUCUGGCCUCUAAUGAGUAAGUGUUGCUUCAGCAGUAGAGUAGAAUGUCUACCCUGAAUUAAUCAGUCUCAGACUGUUUCCCUUUAAAUGAACAUAAAUUUAUUUCUAUAUUUCUAAUUCACAGGAAUACAAACUACAUAAGUCAGUUUUCGAAGGGCACUACUCACAAUAACUCGGAUUCAUGGAUGUAAUUUUCACUUCCGAAGUACAGGGGAC